GCUGCUUGCUUGCUAUCAAAUUAUACCAGUCCGUUGUACAGAAUCCUGUAGCCUCACAUUUCCAAACAGUUGAAAACGUUUUUGCGACAAAACCCCGGUGGAUGCAAUCUGUGUGAAGGCUUUGUACUUUUUUCAUUGAUAAAAUUAUUCUCCUGAAUUCGUAAAGACCAUUUUUAUACGUUCUUGUCCCACUACAGGACAAGGUGAGCCGAACCGAACUGAGAUGUGUUGAUCACGCAUCGCCUCAUCCGCAGUUGGCAGAUCGAUGACAGCUGCAGCAAAAAAAAAAAAAAAAAAUGCAACAGUUCAAAAGAAAAAGAGAAGAAAGAGGAAGCAGUGAAAUGCUGCGGUAGUGUCAUCGGUCGAAAAUCUAAAUGUUUCUGCUCCCGUUUCUUUCGUGUCGCAAUUUUCGUUGCUUGUAGCUCGCAUCGCUACUUUUCUGUGGUUUGUUCUUUUGCACAUAGUGCCAGCACGCAGUGGCGUGAACCGUGUUUCCUUUGCCAUAGCCAUAACCAGCGCAACAACUCCGGCGUUAAGGCCCUGCGGAACGAAGGUGGACUAGAAAUUGUCCCACUGCUGGUGAACUGUGGGCUUUCUUCGGUAAGCGCUGUUGUGCGAUUGUUGUGUUGAUACACACCAGUGCGCACUGGCCGGCACACGUUUGGGUAGCUGGGCGGCAGAACCAUUUGCUGCCCGUAUUGUGCAUUUCGCGUUCGUCAUCGUGCGGAAAUUUGGCGCAGAACAAGAGAGAUUCGACGGGAAGCAACAACUACUCCACCAGGAGCGAGUGAACAAGACAAACGUAGCGUGCGAUAAAGCAGGAAAGAGCGGGAGGUGAUCAAGCAAGAAAGAAAGAGUGAACGAGGACAGUACAUCCGAACAUGGAGUGUAUUACGAUCCUGGACGACAUAUCCUGCUAAACUAACCUCCGCCCAGCACCCAUCAAGAAGACGGGCGGGAAUACUGGUUCCCGGAUGGUGCAGCGCCACUGAUUUGUUUUGCAUGCACCGCAACAGCUGAAUGAGGGAGGUGUUAUAGGUUCGCCAACAAGUGGUACUUAAUAUUGCUUAAGUAGACCUGCAAAGGUAGUGAGAGACGUUAGGUUAAAAUUAAAGGCUUAGCUGCUUAGUUGUAUUGCAAACACAAGCGAAAACAAACAAACGACGAUAGUAGCAAUACAUCCGACUACCUGGUGGUGCUGUACAUGUGUGUGUGUGUGUAUGUUGAAUUCUUGUUGCCGUCCGUGCAUCCGUGCACACACAUACACAAUGACGACUAAGAAACCGAUGGACGAAGCUCGCAGGGCAAGAUUAAUGUCCCUGGAGCAGAAAAUACGUGACCCGUCAAGCCUCGGCAACAUCGAUUGCCUGCUGGAUACGCUUACUGCACUCGUUGCGGACUGUGAUCAUGAGAAUGUGAAGAUAAUUAAGAACAUCGAAACGUUCAUCAAACGCUACAAAAACCUGGCCCGUGACAUCACGAACCUACGGAUGAAUCCGAAUGAUUUCACCUUUAUCAAACUAAUCGGACGCGGCUCAUUCGGUAAGGUGUUGCUGGUGCGCCAGAAAUCCACCAAACAGGUGUACGCGAUGAAACGUCUGUCCAAGUACGAGAUGAUCACCCGUGCCGACACGGCGUUCUUCUGGGAGGAGCGUUACAUCAUGGCGAACGCAAACUCCGAUUGGAUCGUGAAGCUGCAUUACGCAUUCCAGGACGCAAAGUUUCUGUACAUGGUGAUGGACUUCAUGCCUGGCGGUGACAUUGUCGGGUUGAUGAACGUGUACGAGAUACCGGAAAAGUGGGCACUGUUUUACACGAUGGAGGUGGUGCUGGCGCUCGAUACGAUUCACCAGAUGGGUUUCAUCCAUCGGGACGUUAAGCCCGACAACAUGCUGCUCGACAAGUACGGCCAUCUGAAGCUCGCCGAUUUCGGUACGUGCAUGCGGAUGGAUAGCAAUGGGCUAGUGCGAUCGUCGAGUGCGGUCGGUACGCCGGACUACAUUAGCCCGGAGGUGUUGCAGUUCCAGGGCGAGAAGGAUGGGUACGGGCGGGAGUGCGACUGGUGGUCGUUGGGCAUCUUUCUGUACGAGAUCCUGAUCGGCGAUACGCCCUUCUUUUCCGACAGUCUCGUCGGCACGUACAGUAAGAUUAUGGACCACAAAAAUUGUCUCCAAUUUCCGGACAACGCGCCUAUGAGCGAGAACGCGAAAUCCCUCAUCAAGGGCUUCCUGACGGAUCGUACGGUGCGGCUCGGUCGCCACAGUGUGGAUGAGAUCAAGUCUCAUCCGUUUUUCGUGAACGAUACCUGGACGUUCGAGAAUGUGCGCGACUCCGUACCGCCAGUAGUGCCCGAGCUGAGCAGCGACGAUGAUACGCGCAAUUUUGUCGAGGUGGAUCGAAAAAACAGCGGCACGACGAACUUCCCCACGCCCACCACCUUUGUUGGCGAUAAUCUGCCCUUCAUCGGGUUUACCUACUCGCCCGACUAUCAGCUGCUGAGCGGUGAAGUUGGUGCCAGCGCGGACGGUGAAUCGGCUACCGAGGAUACCACCGACAAUAAGGAAGCGGGAGCGAAAGCUCAUCGGCACCGGUUGUCUAAUAAUGCCGAGCUGCUGCGACUCGAAAACAUGCUGCAGCGUGAGAAGCAGGCGGUGGAAACGCUCGAGAAACAGGAGCGCACGCUUCGCCAGCAGAUUGAGCUGAUCACCAAGCGGGAAUCGGACAUCCAGGCGCUCGCGAACGAGUACGAGCGCGAUCUGACCAUGCUGAAGCACAGCUACCGUGAGGUGCAGCGACGUGCGGACGGUGAGCAGGAAAACCGCAAAAAGCUAGAAUGCGUGCUAGUCGAGACGACGCAGCGCCUGCAGGAGGAACGAAACCUGCGGACGCGCGAAAUGAACAACCUGCAGCAGUACACCGACCGCAUCAGUGCACUCGAGAAGCAGCUGGCGGAUGUGCAGGAAAAGUAUAAGGCUGAGGUGGAGACGGGCCAGAAAUGUAAGAAGCAGAUCGCGGAGCUGCGCAUGCUCAGCAGUAACGCGGAGCAGAAGGCACUCGAUCUGCAGUCGAUGCUGCUCGGUUUGCAGACGAUGCGCGAUAUGCUGCAGCAGGAGAUGACCGAACUGCAGAACCAGCUAACGCAGGAGCGCAACACGCGUAUCAAGCGGAUGGAAAUGCAGAAGGAGCUUGAGGUGAAGGUGCAGUCGAUGUGUGCGGAUAUGGAGCGCAUUUCGGCGCGCGAGCAACAGGUGUUCGCCGACAACCGUACCCUGGUCGAUCGGAUUUCGGAGCUAGAGAAGGAGUACGCAUCGAUGGAAUGCGAGCUUAAGGCGGUGCAGAGCCGUUACGAGCAGGAGGUGCAGGCGCACCAGGAAUCGGCCAAGGCACGGUUGCUGAACAACGAGGAAGCAAACAUGCAGGAGGUGAAAGCACUGCAAAAUAAGCUUACGGAGGAAAAGUUGGGCCGGCAAAAAGCCGAACAAAACUCGCAGGAUAAAGAGCGUCAGCUGUCCAUGCUAUCCGUCGACUAUCGCCAGAUUCAGCAGCGUUUGCAGAAGCUCGAAGGAGAAUACCGGCAGGAAUCGGAAAAGGUUGUCGCCCUCCAUAGUCAGUUAGAGCAGGAGCAGAGCAAAAAGAAUAGCUUGCUGUCGGAGAUUAGCUUGCAAAGCUCGGAGGUUGCCCACCUGAAGUCGAAGGAGAUGCAGUCACAGAAGGAGCUGCAGCAGUUGCGCGAUACGCGCAAAAAGCUCGAGGAAGAUGUGGCUAAUGUCAAGAAGCAGCACAACACGGACAUCCUGCAGAUGAAAGAAGUGCAGGACCAGCUGGAGGUCGAGCAAUACUUCUCCAAACUGUACAAAACGCAAUACAACGAGCUGCGGGAAGAGAUGAAGGACCGUAUGCGUCAGCUGCAAAAGCUCGACGAGGAACGGUGCAACAUUAUGCAUCAGCUGCAGCUGGCUAAUGCGCGCGCCGACACCGAAGCGCUCGCACGUUCGAUCGCGGAAGAAACGGUGGCAGAUCUGGAGAAGGAAAAAACGAUGAAGGAGCUCGAGCUGAAGGAUUUGCUUACCAAGCACCGAAACGAGCUGAUGGCAAAGGAGGCGGUCGUAACGUCGCUGAAGGACGUUGAGGCCGAGCUUAAAAAAUCGCUCGGCAAUAAGGAGUACGAGCUUGAGGAUAUGAUGCAGCAGAGCAAGAAGCAGCAGGAAGAGCUGUACCGGCUGAAGUAUGAGCUCGGCGAGCUGGACAAGUGUCGGGCAAAGCUGGUGAACGAAACGAUACUGAAGCAGCAGGCGGUUAACAAGCUGGCGGAAAUAAUGAACCGCAAGGAUAACAAUCUGACUAGCAAGCAGAAGAUGAAGGUCAACUCGACGGCCGAGCUGCGCAAGAAGGAAAAGGAGAACAAGCGUUUGCAGCAGGAGCUGUCCGUGGAGCGUGCCAAAUAUGAUGAGCUGUGCCAGAAGCACAACGAAACGAUUAGCCAGCUGUCGCGAGAGAUUGAUCUUAAAACCAAGCUUCAGAUGGAAAUCGACUGCAAGGAGACGGAGAUCGAACAUUUGCAGAUAAAACUGAUCGAGACGGCAUCACUAUCGUCCGUCGAUAACGACAUGAUGGAGGAAAACCAGGAUUCCAUCUUCGAGGGUUGGUUAAGCGUACCGAACAAGCAGAAUAUUAAGCGACACGGAUGGAAGCGUCAGUUUGUGGUGGUAUCGCCGAAACGAAUCAUUUUCUACAGCUCGGAGCUGGAUAAGCAGAACACUAGCGAUCCGUUGCUGAUCAUUGAUCUAAGCAAGGUGUUCCAUGUGCGUCCGGUUACGCAAGGUGACGUUAUUCGUGCCGAUCCCAAAGAAAUACCGCGCAUCUUUCAACUGCUUUACGCUGGUGAGGGUGAAGCGCGCCGUCCCGAUGAGCAGCAGCAGUCCGACGUUGCUUCUUCGCGUAGCGAUGAAAAGCCACUCACGCUACAGUACAAAGGCCACGAGUUCCUCCAAAUAAGUUACCAUAUACCAACGACAUGCGAUCUUCCUUCGUGCCAGAAGACGCUCUGGCACGUCUUCAAAUCACUGCCAGCGUACGAAUGCAAACGCUGCCGUUUCAAGCUGCACAAGGAGCACGUUGACAAUAACAAUCCACUGGCACCGUGCAAGCUGCAUCACGAUCCAAACCAUGCGCGUGAAAUGUUGCUGCUCGCCGCCUCGAACGAUGAUCAGCACCGUUGGGUUAACCGUCUGUCCAAGCGCAUUCAGAAGAGUGGCUACAAGGCUAACUCCAACAACAAUGUCGGCACGCUCGGAGGCAGCGGCAAUAGCAGCUCGACGGGCGGCAGUAGCGGUGGAGGUGGAGGGGGCAGCCGUGGUGCCGGUGGACUAGGCAACAACGGUAACAACGGUAACUCCAACACCAAUUUGGAUUCCACGAAAGUUUCACCUAGGUAAGCGAACAGCUCUCCGUGAUCGGCUGGCAUCGAGUUGAUUGAUCAUUGCCAAUCUGCUCGGUCGAACAAUAAGCCAAGCUCGGCUGCCGUCGUACAGCGAUCAGCUACUCUACCAACGAACGCUUCGCUAAAGCAACCGCCGCCGUAAACAAAAAACAAAAAAUGAACAGCCGCGCAAGAAGCCAUCAUUUUCACUUUUCAUUUAUAAUUUCCACUCCUUUACAUUUUUAAGCUUCAUUUUGAGGGUUUUAAUGGUAGCAUGCUACUAUUCCGGAAUAUCAUACUUUGACACACACCGUUACUCAUCUUCCAUUCCAUACCGUCCGGUGAAUGAUAAUCAGUGUUGUAUUUAACGUAGCAGCAACAACAAAAAAAUCAUUCGCUUGUUUUUGCUUGGUCUUAAACAUAUUUUCCAUUUUAUUUAUUUGCCUUUCCAUCGGAAUUCCAUUCUAAAUACGGACGAAUUUUCCGUAUAUAUAUUUGCUGUUUUUGCAUUUCAUUUAUUUCAUUCCAAUAAUUUUCGAAUUGCCAACACUCGAGGAUCAACUACUAGCGCAACAACACACGUGUUACGCGUCCACAAGAGCAUUCGAAUUAAUUAGUUGCGGCAGUUCAGAAAGUAGGGAAGUUUAAUCAAUUAUUCGAACAACAACAACAACCAACCGCAACGUUGCAUUUUAAUGUUCUGAUAGCAACUUUAAAUUUGUUAACAGAAAGCCAUGCACUAUCAUGCGAUCGAGCUUCUAACUGCAAAGCACUUUGAGCGUUGCGUGUAAAGAACAAAUAACAUGAUUUUGCGAAGUUCUAUUAUAACGAAAUAGAGUAGAAACAGAAAUGAUUUUUUUUUUAAUGUAAUCACUUAGCAUAAACAUCUUUCGGAACACAAGCAACACCGCAGAUAUCGACCGCAUCUUACAGCAAGCAUUUAAUUUCCAUUUUGUCGAUGUGUGUGUACGUUUUUAUUUGUUUUUUUUUAUAAAACGGCAAAAUUUGCUUCGAACACGGUUUAGAGAGGUACGCGUAAUCGAUUUCGAAAAUUCCGGCCUUGCCAAACAGACUCAGGCGCCUAACACUUAUAAAACAAAUGUACCAUGCUAGUAAUAUAAUGUCGUUCUAAUAGCAACGAUUCUUUGCCACGUUACUAAGCCGACAAGGAGAAGAAAUCGACCAGCGCCUUAUUUUUCAGUAUCGAACUUCAAUCUACCUUUGCAUUCCUAUAUGCCGCGAUAUUCCCUUAACUAAACGAUGUAAGCUGUUACCUGUUUGUUUUCUUUUCGGAUAUGUUUGAUUUUGUUUAAAUCUAAUACACUAAUCGUUGCUCAAUCCUUGUUAAUGAAUAAUGCUUUUAAGGUACAACUAUACACUGUUGUCCCAAACACUCGUACGCAGACGAUGAUGAAAAAGAUGAUGAAGGUGUUUUUUUUUUGUUUUGCUGUCUGUUCUGUAUAAAGUCAUUAAAGGUGUAUGUCUCUUUUUGUAGCAAUACGCAGUUAAAGGUAAAAAAAUGAAGAAGAUAGUUAUAUAUAUAUAGCCGUAUAUUUUUUUACACAACAGAAACAAAGCACAUUCAUAAUGUCCAGUAGUAUUAGUUGUCUCGGCAAAGGGUUUUUUUGGGACACGAUUGUCCAAGGAUUGGAUAGUACCGAUGGCGUGAUAGAAUAAUAGAAUCGAAUAGAGAGAGCGAGAGAGAGCGAGAAAGAGAGAGAGAGUUAUAUUUAGCGGAACGAAAGGAAUUAGUAGGAGUUUAAUAGUGGCUUUUCUACAAGUAAGUAGGAGGACCAAACGCAUAUUUUUCUACAACACAGUGAACAACACAGGAGGAGGGAGGGGGGGGGGGGGGGUUUGGAGAAAUCAUAAAAGUUUAAAUACGAAUAAUAUAAUUCAAUUCAAAAACCAACGGACAGCUUGGGACAAGCCACAGGUUUUGGGGAAUUUUGCGGAAAUCAACCCGAACAGGGCGAUAGCUGGGCGAAGCGAUUUGCAUUUGUUAGGAAUAAGUAAUUGCGCGAAGAAGUGAAACAAAACUCCCUCCUAGAAUAGGUAGUUGCUUUAUUUGUAUAUUCUAUUUUCCUUUUGUCUUUCAAGCCAGAUGGGGCGGGCGCGUACAUCAGAAGAAGAUUUAAAAAAAACUAUACAAAAGUCAUACUGUAAUCAAUUGAGUCAAUCGAAUCGAAUCACCGGUAAAAUGAGUACAGAGUUAAGUGAUACAUGAACGAUUAAGAUUAAGUGAUAAAUGGACGAAUCUGUACACUUCACAUUCACAAGGGAGUGUUGCAGAAGGCAAAUAUUGUAACGGGGGGAACAACAAAAUGAUAGAAUGAGGCGGAAGAUGCGAAAGCGAACCAGUUGCCCUUUUUUUUGGUAAUGGGUUCUGUGAAACAUCCAUAUAGUGCCUUGAAAUGGAACAUAUCGCACCGUUCUAUAACGAAACGACGGUUGCCGAUAUUUCGAAACAAACGAGUAACACCACAACACAACGCUUGCUCGAGCCGCGAGCCGCAAUACUGCAAAAAAAGCGCGCUCAAGCUUGUUUUAAGCAGAAACGAACGCAUUUUAAUAUUUGUUGUGUAAGUAAGUCGGAAAAAUUUAACCUACCCUACCAAAUGUAAAUAAAAAAAAGCGAAACAGCGAAACCUCUGUUACACCUUGACAAUAUAAAAGAUGGUGAGAAAAAAAAAGGAUGAAUGAAUGAGUGAGAGACCUAGAAACUGUUGCCAACUGUGCGUGUAGUAGACUUGCAGGACUAAAAAGAAAACGAUUUGCGGUUUUUGAGUAAUGCGCUGAUAAUUGAUCGAGAAGCACCACAAAAUUUGUAAUAAUAAAACAGAACAAAAAAAUCAAA